AUGAGUGAUACUGAUACUGAUAUGCAUUUAAACCACAGGGGUUCUGUGGUAGGGAAUAGUAAAAUGGAUGAAGAUGUCGUCUAUGAGAUGGGUGAUGUUGAAAAAGGCUCACAAGAUUUUAAGACAAUUCCGAUCUACGAAUUCGAAGAACAAGUCUCUGAAGCUGUUGUAGAAGAGACAAAAUUGUCUUUAAUAAGUAGGUUCGCCGCAAGUUUGAAUGCCGAAACUAAAGGUGUUGAACCUAUUGAGGACGAUGAAAAGACUGACGAUUCUAUGAUCAAUGCUGCUUCCAUGUGGUUUUCAGCAAAUAUGGUCAUUGCAGCAUAUGCAUUAGGUGGUCUUGGUCCAAUGGUUUAUGGCCUAAAUUUCGGUACAUCCUGUUUAGUCAUUAUAUUUUUUAAUAUAUUUGGGGCCUUCUGGGUUGCCUUUUUCUCUGUGUUCGGUUCUGAAUUUGGUUUAAGACAGAUGAUUUUAUCUAGAUUUUUAAUUGGUAAUGUAACAGCCAGAAUAUUUUGUGUUAUUAAUAUCAUUGCAUGUAUUGGUUGGGGUAUUGUUAAUACAGUCGCGUCCGCACAAUUAUUGAAUAUGGUUAACAGUCCUCAUGAAUGUCCUCUAUGGGCAGGUUGUUUAAUUAUCGUUGGAUGUACCGUUGUGGUUACAUUCUUUGGUUAUAAUGUGAUCCAUUUGUAUGAAAAAUGGUCCUGGGUUCCAAAUUUUGCAGUUUUCUUAGUUAUUAUUGCUCGUUUAAAGAUUUCAGGUAAGUUUGAAAAUGGUCCUUGGGGUGGUGGUCCAGCUACUGCUGCAGGUGUUCUAUCAUUCGGUACAACUGUUUUUGGGUUCGCAGCAGGUUGGACUACUUAUGCUGCCGAUUACACUGUAUACAUGCCAAGAGAUUCCAACAAAUACAAGAUGUUCUUUUCAUUAAUGAUAGGUUUAUUACUUCCAUUAUAUUUCACCAUGUUUAUUGGUGCCGCUGCGGGUGCCGCUGCUUUAACUGACCCCGAAUGGCAGGCUUAUUAUGAUAAGAACGCUAUCGGUGGUGUCACCUACGCUAUAUUAGUGCCUAACUCCCUACAUGGAUUUGGCCAAUUCUGUUGUGUUCUAUUAGCUAUGUCAACAGUUGCAAACAAUAUUCCAAACAUGUAUACUAUUGCUUUAUCUGUUCAAGCUUUGUGGAAACCAUUUUCUAAAGUUCCAAGAGUUGUCUGGACUAUGGCUGGUAAUGCCUUCACUUUAGGUAUUGGUAUUCCAGCAUGUUAUUACUUUGAGACAUUCAUGCAAAGUUUCAUGGAUUCCAUUGGUUACUAUUUAGCUAUUUACAUUGCAAUUUCUGCAUCUGAACAUUUUUUCUACAGAAAAGGCUUUAAAGGUUAUAACAUUGCUGAUUGGGAUACUCCUUCCAGAUUACCAAUUGGUAUUGCAGGUACAUCUGCUUUAAUCGCUGGUGCAUUUGGUGUUGCAUUAGGUAUGUCUCAAACAUACUGGACUGGUGAAAUUGGUGCCCUUAUUGGUCCAAAUGGUGGUGAUAUUGGGUUUGAAAUGGGUGGUUCUUGGGCAUUCAUUGUUUACAACGUACUAAGACCUUUAGAAAAGAAGUACACUGGACGUUAA